AUGUUGAAUACAUGGUUACUAUUCUCUUAUUGUUUGCGAAGAUUUUUUGGUUUAUUACAAAACAUACAAUUUCAACAAUCACUGAUUUCAAUUUCAAAAGACAACAAAAUUCAAAAUACCAUUAUUACUGCUAUUUGUUUUCUUUUGGAUUUUGCAGCAGGAGAUAAUAUAAGAAAGACAAGAGAAAAGAAGAAGGAUCGGAAGAAAAAUAAAGCUGAAAUUGGAAUCAAAAUGCGUCAAACCACCGCAUCUCCCGCGUUACAGCUUGGACUUGCACAUGACCCAGUUCCGUGCUGCAUCCCUCCACGAGGCCAACCGAUCACCGGAAUUAACGCGCAGCUCGACCAGAAGCUCGAUCCAACCGCGGAGCACGGGAUAACUAAAUUCUCCGAUUUAACAGCAUCAGAGUUUCGCCUUCAGUUUUCAUCUUUGCCCUCUGCCUCUUUGCCGACGUAG